CCUAAGCCCUAAACCUCGCAAAAGCCCAACCCAAACCCUAGCAGCGCUCAUGGAUUUCGCUCGCCGGAAGGCGGCGGCGCUGGUCGCGCUCUCAUCGCCGGCGCCAGACAAGUCCCCGAAGGGAGGAGUCGACGCUCCCGUCGCCCCGCUCCUCGAAGUGCUCAACUCCCACCCGGACCUUUUCACUACCUCCUCCUGCUCCGGCCGCGUCUCCGUCCUCGCGCAGCCGCGGGAGGGCCAAGGCCAGGCCGCCGCCAAGCCGAAGAAGAAGGCGCGGGGCGGCGGGUGGGUGUACGUGUCUCACGAUCCCGCCGACCCGGACGCCGUGGUGGAGCAGCUAUUCGGCCGGAGCGGCUCGGGAGCGGCGGGGGACGAGCUGGUGUUCAGGUUCGAGCCGAUGAUCGUGGCGGUGGAGUGCAGGGACGCCGCCGCAGCUGCCGCACUCGUUGCCACUGCGAUAAGUGCUGGGUUCCGGGAAUCAGGUAUCACAAGCUUGCAGAAACGAGCAAUGGUGGCAAUAAGAUGCUCGAUUCGUAUGGAAGUGCCACUGGGGCAGACUGGUGAAGUUGUUGUUUCUCCAGAGUAUGUCCGUUACCUUGUUAGAAUUGCCAACUCUAAAAUGGAGGCAAAUAAAAAGCGAAUGGAUGGAUUUCUAGAUCUUUUGCAGACUAAGGGUUUGUCAGGUUCAUCAGCGGGGUCAAACAAUUGUAAUGGAAGUGACAGUCAGCCUGUUGCUCACAGGUCUUCCAUGAGCUGUGAAGUUAAGAUACCAUUGCGUAAAGGUGCCAAGAACAGUAAUGAAUACUUAGUUACAAAAAAGAGAAAUGGUGGUAACAACUGUCAUUCUGAUGAUAGAGGUGAUAGUGAAAUUGGGGAGGGUUCACUAGAAGCACAGUAUUUUGAAAAUCAAAACUCUUCAUGGAGCAAGGGUCUCGAGCGUGGUUUUGGUAAUGCUAAACGAUUUACACUGGAGGAGAAGUUGCCAGAAAACAAAAAUUAUUUAUCUACUGCUGUAUUGAAGAUUAGUGGUGAGCCAAUUGAGAAGCUCUUCUUAUGGGGCCAAUCAUCGUGUGUGUUUACUGUUGGAGGAGAGCAACGGGUCCUAACUUUCGGCGGAUUUGGAGGACCAGGAAGGCAUUCAAGGAGAAAUUGUUCCCUUCUGCUUGAUCACAAAUCUGGUUCGUUGACAGAAAUGAUCUGUAAAGAGUCUCCUUCACCACGGAUGGGCCAUACAGUUACUUAUGUUGGUAAUAGCAUUUAUGUCAUUGGAGGUAGGGGUGGUCCUUCAGAAAUUCUUGAUGAUGUCUGGGUUAUACAAAGCACCGAGAAUACCUGGUUAAGACUGGAGUGCAGUGGAAAUAUCUUCCGUCCAAGGCACCGGCAUGCUGCAGCUGCAGCAGCUUCAAAAAUAUAUGUCUUUGGCGGACUUAGUAAUGAAGGCAUAUAUUCUUGCAUGAAUGUAUUUGACACGAAAAGUAAGCAAUGGAGCAUGCUUGCUGCUGCUGGCGAAUGGCCAUGUGCUCGGCAUUCACAUUCUCUGGUGUCUUAUGGUUCAAAGCUUUUUAUGUUUGGAGGUCAUGAUGGUCAGCAGGCAUUGAAUGACUUCUACAGUUUUGAUACAACAACACUCAAGUGGAACAAGGAAAGCACUAAUGGGGGAACUCCGUCACCUAGGUUUUCACAUUGCAUGUUCAUCUAUAAAAAUUAUCUUGGGAUACUUGGUGGUUGCCCUAUUACUGGAAACAAUCAAGAAGUCACAUUGCUGAACUUAAAGCAUGGAGUCUGGUUUUCUGUUUCCAUCCCCAUGUUGAGCCAGUGCCUCUGUGUCCGUAGCUCCUCAGUUCUCAUUGAAGAUGAUCUUGUUAUUGUAGGUGGCGGUGCAUCUUGCUAUGCAUUUGGGACCAGAUUUAAUGAACCAAUAAUAAUUGAUCUGCAUUCAGUGGAUUCUAUGUUUAAACUUGACAACAUGUAUGGCAUGCUUAUACAAAGCUGUGACGCAACGUCUACUGUUGACUUAUCAAGAGAUGAACAAAGUGGCAUCAUUGGUCAUGCUAUGAAAUCACAAAAUGAUGCCCGUUCUGGUGGUUUUACUGAUUCAGACCCUCUGAUUCUUCAGCUGGAAAAGAAGUACGCCAAAUUAGCAAAGGACAUUCUGAAAAAGUUUGGAUGGUUGGAUCUUGCUAGAAAAGUUCGAGUGAGCCAUGAUAACAACCAUGUUCUCUUUCCUGUUAAUGAAGCCUUCCAUGUCCUAAACACUGAUAAGCGUAUCAAGAUGGAACAUGAUGAUUCGUGUACCCUUGGAGAACCAUUGGCAUUUAGUGAAAAUAAGCUUGCAGGAGACAACCUAUCUCUUCAAAACGCAUUAAAAAUUCUGUCAUCUUGCAAUGGUUCCUUUUUGAAAGAUGAACUAGCAAUCAGCCGAAAGCCUUCCAAGUCUCCUCAAACCAUCAUGAAAGAAUUUGUAUCUUCUCUACUGGAAAGUAAGGGAAUGUCCUAUCAGUUGUUGGAGCAGCUCCCAGCAAGGUGGGAGACACUUGGUGAUAUCAUCAUACUCCCGAAGACAUGUUUUAAGGAUCCAUUGUGGGAAUCAGUUGGCGAGGAACUUUGGCCACUAAUUGCCAAGUCACUCGGUGCACAACGUCUUGCACGUCAAGGUAAAAUCAUGCCAAAUGGUACAAGAGAUAGUACACUGGAACUUCUUCUGGGUGAUAAUGGAUGGGUUACCCAUCAUGAAAAUGGCAUCCGCUAUUCGCUUGAUGCAACAAAAUGUAUGUUUUCUUCUGGCAAUCGUUCAGAGAAGCUUCGCAUGGGACAGCUAAACUGUAGAGAUGAGGUGGUUGUGGAUUUGUUUGCCGGAAUCGGAUACUUUGUUCUUCCCUUUCUUGUGAAGGCUAAUGCUAAGUUCGUUUAUGCAUGUGAAUGGAAUCCACAUGCUUUAGAAGCUCUUCGACGCAAUGUUCGUGACAACCAUGUAGAAGACCGAUGUAUUAUACUUAAAGGAGAUAACUGUGUUACUGCACCCAAAGGUGUUGCUGAUCGAGUUUGUCUCGGAUUGUUACCCUCAAGUGAAUGCAGCUGGGCCACUGCUGUUAGAGCUUUAAGUAUCCCAUAAAGAUUUUUAUGCGUAGAGGCCUGGUAUGCUCUUGUGGGACCGAGUUUAUUGUUUCUUUUGCUGUUCCACUAAUAGCAGCAGUCUUCAGCAGGCAAGGAGAUUUAUUAUUGUUUGCAUUGGUUUUGUUGAAGAGUCUAUUUGUGUUUCAGAGUCCGUUGGGAAAUUGAAUGUACCUUACCUUUUGGAAAGUUGUAUGUAUUUUAAUAUUAGUUCAUCAUACUGAGCUAGGAUAUUGAGUCUGUAUGAAUCUGGAUAGUCCUUUAAAACGAUAGCAUUGUACCCUGUUAUGAUUAAGCAAAAGAAGUUUCCUCUUAUAAUUGUUAUUGAGUUAUUCUCAAACCAUCUGAUUUCCAUUUUCUAACCCUGUUGCCCUUUUCUAAUCACCAACCAAACCCACCAGUUUGUAAGUGUCCACAACAAUUUCCCAGCAAACCAGAUGAUUCUACAUGUUCUUUAAAUUCUGCUUGUCAGCAAACCCAGCUUAUAGGUGCUAGUCUGACAUAUUCCAAAAACAUGCAUACAGGUCAAGUUUCGCAUGCUACCAAGAAUAAUCAGUUGCAUCACUGUUUAGGUUGUCUGGCGCACUGUUAAUGCCUGCAUGGUGGUGCUUUCAGUGUGCCAGGCAUUGAACAAGCUGAACUGAGUGUCUUGAUUCUUGUUGUGUUGAAAUAUUGGAAUAUGUGGCAUCACAUGGAAAUAAGUUGUCUGUUUUCUUGCAUGUAAUAUUAAAUUGUGGGAUAAAGGAAAAAAAUAUGGCAAUUCG